UCGCUUUCGACCGAACGCGUCACUGCCCGCUUUUUUUUGCGUAGGAUGAAGAUCCUACACAAGUCGAAGCGUGCGGUCUCACCGGUAGCUCUUUUAGAAAGCUUGGUUCUCCGUUUUUUUCUUAGCCCCACAACAGCCUUCUCAGGUCGCGGAGCUCAUUGCGCGACUCCUUGCGACCCCAAAUGACGACCUUUCUCGUGUGCUGGCAGAGAUAGACUCUUGGAAGUGGCCGAGGUCGGACCUUAAUGCAUGGAUCUGGGUUCUCAACAAGUUCGACGCGAUUCUGGAGGAAGUUAUUCGUGACUACCAAGUUGACAAACUCCAACUCAAUGUCUUCACCCCCGCCACUAAGGCAACUCUCUGCGAGAUCCUCAGAUUUGAGCGUCUUCUUCUCGAAAACUCCACCAAUCGAAAGAUGUUCCAUUCUUACGAUCGCCUCAAUAGUCUGCUCUUCACUCCGGAUCUGGAUGUUUUGAUACUUGCGUUGAAUCUACUUCUUCGACCAUCGCAACAGUACUCUGCCCAACCAUCCGUUUCCCAUGCACUCAACAUCUCAACACCGCGGCUGCAAUCACUUGCAAAGCGCUGGCCUCACAUGCGCGAGUAUGGCGUCAGCCUCGUUGAUCUAGCUAGCCCUCGAGGAAUCCCUGCAAUUGACGCGCUCCCUGCCGACGCUCGUCAAGUUCACUUCAGUUUUUACCGAACCAAUGAGGAGAUUCACAAUGACCAAGAUAAGAUGGAAACGGAUUCCGAGCUCCCAGCGGCUAGUCCUCGUAAACUUACUCCGCCGACCACGUCCAAUGCCGUCAGUAUCCACCUCGAUUAUGCUGCCCUCGAAUCCAAGUCUGAAGUCGAUAUUUUGGCGGAUAUUGUCGAGAAAUAUGCCGUUCCAGAAGCAGACAAGUUUGAGCUUAUGUGUCGCAUCAGGGCUGCUUUGGUUUUAAUGCGCGGACACGAGGCAGACCGAGAAAAACUCGUCGUUGUUCGUCUCCUUGCCAUCGCCAUAUUUGGUCAUACCCACCCAGAAACACAAGCGGCAACAUCCUUGUUUCUUUACGAGCCCGAUGUGGUCAACCACAUCGCAGAGUUGCUCCAAACCGACAAGGAGCUCCCCGUCGGUGUACAAACUGCUGCUCUGGCAGCGCUUGAUGCGCUUGCUCACUACCGCAAUCGCAUUCAGGAAGUUCUUACGGCUGUCAAUGCCGGUGUAAACCAUGGCCUGUUGAUGAAUCUGGUUCGCAAAACAGUUGCUGAUGUCGCCAAUCCCGAAUCCACCCUUCCCCCAUCUUUCACUGACGCUCUUUGGUCUUUCGUGACCUUCAUUGCCUCGCAUGCAUCCGGUGGAAACAUGAUCGUGGGCGCUGGGCUCAUUCCACUUUUGAUUCAAAUGAUCGAGAAUAAGCUGCCCCAUCGUCUGGCCCUAGUUUCGAAAACUAUGCAGCUUGUCGAUAACGUUCUGUAUAGCUUCUCGAAUGCGUUCCAGCUAUUUUGCGCUGCUCGAGGCGUCGAGGCCCUUGUUGAGCGCAUCGAGUCUGAAAUCGAUCUGGAUAUCAAGGAGUAUGGUGAUGAUCAGCGUGCUCAAGAGAUAUAUGCAGGCCAAGCCGAUCUGCCCGUAACUCGUGCAGCCCUUCUGAAGCACGUCUUGCGUUCGAUUCACCGUAUGAUGCAAUCCAGUGGAACCGCAGAGGGUCUGAGAGGGUUGGUUGAUACGUCUAUUCUGGAAUCCCUCAAGAAAAUUAUCAAGUCCCGGGGACUGUUUGGCCCCACAGUAGUACCUUUGGCUAUCAACAUUAUGGCGACAUUCGUUCACAAUGAACCCACUUCGUUGGCGAUCAUUCAAGAGGCAGGUUUACCUGAAGUCUUCUAUGGCGCAAUUGAACAGGGCUUAGAGGCGGCGAUCGAGGUCAUUCAAGCUAUCCCUAAUGCCAUUGGCGCUCUCUGCCUCAAUGAAGUCGGAGUGUCCCAACUCGCCUCCCAUCCAAGUGUCAUCCCAUCCAUAUUCUCGAUUUUCACGUCCGAAGCUCACCUGAAAAUCCUUUUGGAUAAAGACAACGCCAUCUUGAUAGGAACUACCGUCGACGAGCUCAUUCGGCAUCACCCAUUCUUGAAAGGUCCUGUAUUCGAGGCCCUCAAUGCAACUCUCGGCAAGAUCGAGAUUAUGGGCAAAGCAUAUAUCGCUCCUCCUGCGCUGCAGCAGUGGUAUAGACUUGUGGACGUCGAGGAAACCAUCUCCAGUGAGAUUGAUGUCGUAAUGACCGAUGUGGCAGAUAACGUCGAAUCUGCUGAAAAUAACACGGAAGAUCCUCCUCCCAAAGCUACUCAUGACAACAGUAUCCUUUCAUUCAUGGACACUCUCCUCCGUUUUCUCGAUGGACUCUUCCAACACCAACCACAUUGCAAAGAUUUCAUCACAUUGGUGGAUGGACUUGAACGACUGGGCCGAAUCACAGCUCUACCUUGCAUCCCUUACGAUUUCGCGAAUAGCGGUGCUUCGGACUGUCUGGUUCAAGUCAUGCGAACAAUGUCAGAAGUUACGUCAGCCGAGACCUUGGCCCAUCUGUCGAAACUUGUCAAAGAGUCAUUAGAAACCACCAAAGAUUUUUGGGAGUCUGUCCAGGCAGAAUCAAAACUGCUACCCUUUGUCGACCUUACACCUGAGCAAUAUUUGAACGGCAAUCGACUGUUCCGCGACUUGGUCACCCUGCAUGUUCGCAUCACACUGUUAUCCGAAGUCUUCGUCACUGCAGGGAUCGCUCAUGGGCGUAAUGCUAUCGUUCUUCUGCAGACAUUGAUGAGCAGCACAAGACCAGAAGUCAUCACAGAUCUUGGUGCUCUCCACCGUGCGGCAAUUUGGGAAAAUAUCGUGCUAAAGGAAGGGUUGAUCCUGAAAGGCAUUGAAAUGGUGCCAACUCCUAGCUCGUCCCCUCUUGAAGGUUCCCCCGAGCAGACGACUAGGGUCUUGCCUAAUGUCGAUGCUGUAUCCACCACUGCUAUUGAAAGCGGAGCUCAGAUGGACGAAAUCUCUCGGACUUCCUCGUCUCCGACAGCCAAAGAAGGCAACCGAAGCAAAAAUGCAGCUGCGCUCAAACAUCUGACCCAUGGACUUCCUAACUCAUUAGCAACCUUUUUCCAAGCCAUAGUCAAGAUGUUCCAUACGCGACGUAACCCCGACGCAGGUCAGAAGAAACAAAUCACCGAGUCAUCUAGUGUGAUCGCCGAAAUCAUGGUGAACCAUCUUCAACUGGAUGGCAUUGCUGAAGGCCAAUCGACGUUGUCCUAUUAUGCAGUUAUGCUCGGACUCUUCAAUCUGCUCUUAAUUGACGAGCGCACACCAACCACUUUACACACAAUCCAACUCCUGGCCUUAUACCAGGCAAAAGGAGUCGACACUGUGUUCGACGUAUGCCGCAAAUUUAUGGCAAAUAUCCAACCAAUCGCUCAGCUAAAGCCCGAGGACCGGUCCGAGCCACGUGACCGAGAGCUCAAAGCGUCCUAUGGAGGACUGAAAAUCGCUCUCAGUCUAAUCCACCCAUUGAUUACGUCCAAAUCAUUGUUUGAAUCAGGCCAAACAGUCCUUUUGAUAACUCGUGACAAAAAGGAUACGGAAGUAGGCUACUUUGAACCUCACAAUUUCCUCAUCAAGUUACGAUCCGCUGCUCUACCCGUCUUGCAAGAGCUUUGGGAGGCACCCUGGCUUCUUUCGGCCCCGUUGACUGUUAGCAGAACGAUCGUGCAGACCGUGCUGGAGCUCACCAACGGCGAGGGUGAAGACGCAAAACCCGAGACUCAAGCUGAUGGCGGUGUAUCGGUGGCACCGCGAGCUUUCACGGUGGAUGAAAAUCGACUUCGUCAACUGAUCGAUAUGGGCUUCCCACGCUCUGCAGCUGAACGGGCGUUGGCACGUGCUCAGAACAACCUCACGGCUGCGACGGACUUGCUAUUGUCACAUCCCUUCCCUCUUCCGCCCGAUCCGUUGCCCGGCACCGACCAAGACGAAGGUGCUCCUGAUGCAUCCGAAGCAACUGAAGAUGACGAGGCAGAUACCGCGGAUUCUAUCGUGGUUGAUGAAAUUGUCCCUGAACUUCCGCCUGUGCAAGUUGAAAAGACAACAGAGCAAUGGUUGUCUGAGCUCAACGAAGCCCGAGAAUCACUCCGAGCCAAAAUCAGUCGACAAGCGCUAUUGUUAGUGGACGAACACCUCUCUCUCAUCUUCCAUCUUCAUGCUGCAUUUAUCCGUCCUAACAAUGCCCAUCAACAAAAGGCUGUUCGCGAUCUCGUUGAGGACAUCAAAGACCUUUCGCCGUUUGCAUAUGAUGUCCAAGAGCAACCUCUAGCCAACCGAUGCCGUCUUCUGGCGCUUGUGCUUUGCGAAUCGCCGUCCUCUCUCGGCCCCGAGCUUAGAACCAAAUUGCUUGACAGUUUGCUGGCUCUUUUGCUGUCAAAUCCGGUCAGCAUCAACCCCGAGCACCCUUCGAUACCAAAAUGGUUGGCUGCCCACCUACUUGUCACUGAAGCAUUAUUUACCCUGGCCGAUGAACCGCGAGCAAUCACAUUACCUAAAGAGGGUGAGCCAGUUGUUUCGGAGGAGAUUCCAGCAGGCCCGCUCCUUGCAGAUGCCCGCACAAUCGUGUUCGACUUCUGUUUGAGACUGUUGGCUGUCCCGGACUUGCCCAACGACGAACUGCUUUCGACCUUGCGCCUUUUCGUGCUUUUAACCCGCAAUCAUGAAGCUGCGAAUCAAUUCGUCAAACGGGAUGGUCUAACUUUGUUGUUCCGUCGCCUUCGCUCCUCGGCAGUUUCCGGAAGUUCCUCAUACAUUGCAACGAUCCUGCGUCAUGUCGUCGAAGACGACGCGACUAUUCAUACGAUUAUGAAGCAGUCGAUUAAACGCUAUCUAUCCCAGUCACGAACGAAUAUCGUGGACACGAGUACCUUCGUACGAAACUGCAGUGGUAUGGCGUUGCGAGACCCCCACGCUUUCAUUACGGUGACAGAAUCACUUUGUCAGCUCGUCGCACCAUAUGCGACCCCGGCACAAGUCAAACUCAAAGCACAACCUGUCGAGGACUUGCCGGCUGUGGAACUAGCAACGACAACAGAUAUGCAGGUAGAUUCGUUGGCCACGGCUUCGGUGAACGACUCGCUCGAGUCGGUCAUCCAUUUCCUCGUCGCCGAGCUCAUGCAGUCCAGCAAGCUAGAGAUGGAGGAAUCGACCACUGACGCUUCACCUGCAGAGUCGACCAAAGAGCGAUAUCAGUACUGCUGUUUCUUGAUGCAAUGUCUGACGGAGCUCAUGUUCUCCUAUGACGCGUGCAAGCUGGCAUUCUUGUCGUAUUCUCCGAAGAAACGGACCCAGGUCAAGGAGGCUGCGAGCAAGAUGCGUUCGGCAACGAUGCAAUUUUUACUCUCUGAAGUCAUUUCAUUUGAGACUAUCCACCCACAGCCUACUUCAUCGGACGGCCGUGAUCAUGUGGCGGUGUGCAACUGGGCGAUGUCCCUGAUUGUAGCGCUUUGUGUGGACACGUCGACAAGUCCUGAUACAAAGGAGGUCUCUCCGGAGCUCGCAUCGGUGCGAAAAUAUGUGCUUGAAGCGAUCAGUCGUGCCAUCAAAGACCUGCCGUCGACACUGAACGUCGAAGCGCGUUACGGGCGGCUGCUUGCGCUUGCGGACUUGUGUCAUCGCCUUCUGACUGUUCGAUUCAACGCGAAUACCCGCAAACCGCAUGAUGACACGCCGACCCACAUCGCGAAAGUGAUGCUGGAGAAAAACUUUGUAGCGACACUGACGAAUGCGCUGUCAGAGGUGGACCUCAACUAUCCAAAUGUGCGCAGUCUAGUUGCGUCUAUCUUACGUCCGCUCGAGUUUUUGACCAAGGUUGCGAUCAAGAUGAGCCGGUCAAGCAAGAACAAAGCUGUUGAUGACGACGAGAAGGGCGAUGAGAGCAGCUCGUCUGGGUCAUCAGAUGAGGUUGAGGAUAUGGAGGAUUCAGAUAGGGAAGAGACGCCGGACUUGUACCGCAAUUCUGCAUUGGGCAUGUUUGGAGGCGAGAUGGACGAUGUCAACUUUGGAGGGGAUGAUGAAAUGGACGACGAUGAGGAUGAAGAGGUGGAAGUACUUGAUGAUGAAGAGGGGGAGUAUGCGGAGAGUGAAGACACGUCACAUGACGAAGAUGAACAGCCAGCGAACACGUGGAACAACGAUGAUGACGACGACGACGAGGGAGAGGAAGAGGAGGAGGAAGAGGAGGAGGAAGGGCAUCAACUAGUAGAUGGCGCAGACGACGAGGAAGAGGAGGAGGAGGACGAAGACGACGACGAUGAUGAUGAUCAAGGAAACGAUCAAGAAAUGAUCUGGCAAGAUGUCCCAGAGCCUAUCCCAGCUGAUGACGCAGAUGAAGAAGACGAAACAGGUGGACCUAUCCAGAUCAUACACAAUGAUCCAGAGGACGAACCAGAAAUCUCAGAGGAUGGGUUCGGUCACGAGCUUGGAGGACUCGAUCCCAGAGCAAUAACCGCAGAAGAAAUUUUUGGUUUUGGGGACUCUUUCAUCAACGUCAAUACCGGCAAUGCACCACCUGGCUGGUAUGUGCCUCGGCGUCGAGCAGACGAUAAUCUAUUGUUUGGACGAGGGCGAAAUGCAUCCAUGCCUCUACCAGAAGCUACGACACACCCACUUCUCCUUGAUUCGACUGCCACUGCACGAGCUCCGUCCACCCAACCCCGCAGCUCGCGUCAUCCCCAACGGAUCGUAGCAGGCGGCUCUGCUGACCUUCUCCAGACAUUGGAAGAUCUUAUCGGCGGGGGAGCUGUACAGCUGUUCCAACAUGUCGUCACACGCACCCGCGGAGGAAACGCGGAAACUAUCAGGCUCGAUGUUCCUGCGACGGCGCUCGGGGGUCUCAUCCAACAAAAUCGACGCGGUGCUAUUUCUGCUGCAGUCCGACUCGUGGAACGGCCAUCACGGCAGAAUCCGGCCCCAUCACAAGCCCGCGAGCUCGAGCCUCUGCUGACGCUACAGCGCUGGGCAGAAGAGGUCAAGAUCCUUCACGGUGAUUUUGUUGUGGAUCGUGUUGGGAAACUCGCGAAUCACGUGACACUUGCGAUGAUGCCGGCGGCUAUUCAACAGGCCGAGGCUGAUGCGCAAGCCAAGGCUGAGGCCGAUGCCAAAGCUGCGGAAGAGAAAGCUAAGGCCGCCGCGGAAGAGGCCAAAGCUACCGAAGAAAGCAACGCGGCUGAGGCAUCUAAAGAGACGAAAACGGCUGAAGAGAAGGAUGCUUCAAAGCCCAGUGAUGACAAAGAUGAGACGAAACCAGCUGAAUCCUCCGAAGUAAAUCCGCCUGCUGAGUCUGCAGAGACUUCUGGGGACACAGUUAUGGAAGAUGCUGUUGUGGCUGACGUGGGCGAUCAAGAAAACAACGAUGCUCCGACAGAAGAGACGAUGGACACUAGGCCAGAUGAACCCAGUAGUACCACAACGACUGAAAAUGCUGCCGCCACCGAACCAGAAGGUCAAGCGGGUCCUUCAUCUGCUAGCGCACCUCAGCGGGUGACUGUCAUGAUCCACGGUAGCCCGGUCGACAUUACUGAUACUGGCAUCGACCCUACUUUCCUGGAUGCUCUUCCUGACGAUAUGCGAGAAGAGGUUCUCAACCAACAUGUUCGUGACCAACGCGCGGCACGGGUAGAACGGCCCCCAGACUCCCAAAUCAGUGCUGAAUUCUUGGAUGCUCUUCCUCCAGAGAUUCGCGCCGAGAUUAUCCAGCAAGAGGCUGUUGAGCGGGCCAGACGGCGUCAAAUAGACGACAGUGCUCCUCCUCAGAACGGCCCUGCCGAAAUUGAUCCAGCCAGUUUCAUAGCAACAUUGGACCCCACUUUGCGGCAAGCGGUGCUGCUCGAUCAAGAUGAUAGCUUCAUCCAGACGUUGCCAUCACAUAUGAUCGCCGAAGCCGGCGCAUAUCGUGAAAAUCGUCGGCCGCGCCAUCAACUCGGUGUCCGUUCAGGAGGGGCACCCGCAGCGUCUGGCUCAUCCGCGUCACGCAAAACUGUCACUCCACAUGAUGCGAUCCAGCUUUUGGAUAAGACGGGAAUUGUAGUUCUUGUAAGACUGCUUUUCUUCCCCCAAGUCUUGAAGAAGACGCUCUUGUUCAAAGUGCUCGUGAACCUCUGCGAGAAUAGCAAGACACGGACAGAGCUGUUUAAUGUCCUGCUGAAUAUCUUGCAAGACGGAACAGGCGAUCUUGGGGCAGUUGAUAAAGGAAUUGCGCAGCUCUCCUUCAGGAAUACCAAGCCACAGACGCCCAAGUCGGCCAGCAAACAGAAGGCUGGCACCGACUACUUCACCGCACUCACGCUUCCAAAUCUCCAAGACGAGAUCGUCCCCGAUCUGAUUGCCCAGCGGUGUCUUGAGGCGCUAACUUACAUCGUGACCGCUAACGAGCUUUCCUCGCUGUUCUUCUUAACGGAGCAUGAACUGGCGGCAGGGCUACGUCGGUCGAGCUCGAAGAAGGGGAAAGGGAAAGAACGACAACAACUGCCCCAAACGCAUUUCCCCAUUGUGCUGCUCCUGGGUCUUCUGGACAGACAGUCGUUGCUCAAGACUCCUUCGAUCAUGGAGUCGGUGGUUGCACUGCUUGCGACCGUUACGCGGCCGCUUGCUAGUAUCAAAGACAAGCAACCCGAGGUCCCGGCACCAAAAGAGGUCGAGCAAGCGGCCAUCUCCGAUUCUGAUCCACCAUCAGCCGCUCCUUCGGCGGAAGCGGAAGUGGUACCCGAAGUGACGUCACCAGCUGAGGCUACGCCUCCUCCUCCAACGACAGGAGAGUCUGCUGUUGCUGUUCCUCCAACAAGUGCUCUUCCUGCAAAUGAGGAGCCUGCUCUUCUAGCCGCACACCCUCAGAUCCCCCAACCGGUACUGCGAUUGAUUGUUAAUAUCCUAACAACCGGGGACUGCUCUGCACGAACAUUCCAGCAAAGUCUGGCUUUAAUUCAGCAUCUGUCGUACAUUCCCGAUGCCCGCGAUGUUAUCGCUCAGGAACUCAAAUCAAGGGCCCAGGAAUUCGGACUCGGUUUAUAUACUGACCUGGACGAAUUGGCAGCAGAUCUUCGUGGCUCGGAGGGAGAUGCUCUAGUUGGCUCUGUAGCAUCCAAAUUCUCCCCCGCAUCGUCACCGCAGGCGAAACUCCUUCGUGUCCUUAAAACGAUUGACUACAUGUACUCACACAAGUCCACUGCAGCGACGCUUGGAGAGGCGGAGGCCGACAAGGUUCAGGACAUAUAUGAGUCUUUCCGCUUCACGCCACUGUGGAAGCGUCUGGGCGACUGUUUGGCGAUUAUCGAGGAGAAACCAGACACGGAUCAUGUCGCGACAGUUCUUCUGCCACUCAUCGAGUCGCUCAUGGUGGUCUGCAAAUAUGUUGGCACCAAAUCGACCUCUGCUGCGCGUCUCCUUCGGGCGGCCUCUUCACCUCGAUCGCCAACGACACCUCGCGAGUCGAUGGAGGAUCUGUUUGUAACGUUCACAGAUGCUCAUCGCAAAGUUCUGAAUCUGAUGGUCCGCAACAAUCCGUCGCUAAUGAGUGGCUCGUUCUCCCUGUUGGUCAACAAUCCUCGCGUCCUUGACUUUGACAACAAGCGCAAUUACUUCACGCAACAGCUCCAUCGUCGUCCGCAUCCACGUGAGCAUUACGGGACGCUACAGCUCAACGUCCGCCGCGCACGUGUCUUUGAAGACAGUUUCCAGCAUCUCCAACGCAAGUCCGGAGACCAUAUCAAAUAUGGCAAGCUCAGUGUGCGAUUCUACGACGAGGAGGGUGUCGAUGCGGGCGGUGUGACGCGAGAGUGGUUCCAAAUCCUCGCAAGACAGAUGUUCGACCCCAACAACGCGCUGUUCCAGCCUUGUGCUGCGGAUAGGCUGACCUACCAGCCAAACAAGAACUCGUGGGUCAACCCAGAACACUUGUCGUUCUUCAAGUUUGUUGGCCGUGUCAUUGGGAAGGCUAUUUACGAUGGACGACUACUCGACGCGUACUUUGCUCGCAGCCUGUACCGACAACUGUUAGGGAAACCUGUUGACUACAAAGACGUCGAGUGGGUGGAUCCGGAGUACUACAAUUCGUUGUGCUGGAUUCUUGAGAACGAUCCGACGCCAUUGGAGUUGACGUUCAGCGUCGAGGCAGACGAGUUUGGCGUCAACCGCAUCGUGCCUCUUAAAGAGGGCGGCGAGGGCAUCGCAGUGACUUUGGAGAACCGCAAAGAAUUCGUGCAGCUUUCUGCCCAAUACCGCCUCUACUCGUCCAUCAAAGACCAGAUCGAGGGUCUUUCAAGCGGUUUCUACGAGAUUAUUCCCAAGGAGCUCAUUACCAUCUUCAACGAGCAAGAGCUUGAACUGUUGAUCUCGGGCACGCCGGACAUCGAUGUUGACGAGUGGCGGUCUGCGACAGAAUACAACGGGUACACGAGUUCGGACCCCAACAUCGUGUGGUGGUGGCGCGCGCUUAAGUCGUUUAAUCGUGACGAACGGGCUAAAGUGCUGAGCUUUGCGACUGGGACGUCAAAAGUCCCAUUGGGCGGGUUUACCGAGCUCCAAGGUGUUCAGGGCGUCCAGCGCUUCUCGAUUCACCGCGCAUAUGGGGAGUCAGAUCGACUGCCGCAGGCGCAUACAUGUAUAUAUAUAGGCUUCAACCAGAUUGACUUACCGCAAUACUCAUCAUACGAAAUGCUGCGUCAGCAACUACUGUUGGCGAUCAUAGAAGGAGGGGAGGGCUUUGCUUUCUCGUAA